AUGGUGAUGGUGUUGUAUAGUGUUAUGUUACUUGACCCAGACGUCAUUACUAAAGUAACGGUGUCAGCCAUUGUCUUACAACUGCCUGCUUAUAGGAGCGUCGAAAAGAACGGAUGUCUAAUUGCUGCGAGCUGGCGCAGUAGGAUGGAUGCCGCGCUAUCGCGAGCCGUUUCUGCUGCUGCCCGAUAUGUUGCCGACUCCAAUGCGGACAAUACCACUCUUUUUGAUGAUGCGUUGAAGAAUCUUAUUCGUCACUUUGAUGGUGUGGACCUCACAGGGCGAUUGUCAUUGUCAAACCAGUUCGUCACCGAACUCCUUGACUACAGUCCACAUAUCUUAGCCGCAAAUACUUCAAGUGCAGCGACGCGGUCGAAAUUACUGCGAUUACUCUUUACAUUGGCUCUCUACAAUGUGAGCAUACGGCGAUACCUUUGCGGUGAUCUUCACCUUUGUGGACCUGUAUUUGAAUGUUUGAAAUUAUCCUUGAAGGAGCAAUUGGGGCCUCAAAAUUUGAUUGAUAUAUUACGGUUACUGCAGGUGCUAACAUAUGAAAGAUGUUUGGUUCUUGGUUUGUGGACGAACGAUUUGAUAUCUUUUUUGAUGGGUGAAAUUACCAGAGAAGUUGAAGUGGAGUGGAUGCCUUACUGUAUGGCAAUAUUAUGCAAUCUCGCCAGAAGAUCGAAAUCUGUAUGCGGAAGAAUAAAGAAAUCAUCGUCGUACAAAGCAUUUUCUCGGAGAGUCAUCAAGUUGCUUUCACAUGAUUCACGAAUUGUUGUUGUUUCAUCUCUGGUGCUUGUCGGAUAUUUGGAGGAAAAAGUUCGCGACAUGGUUUACUGCCCUCAAAACAUUCAUGAAACUUUUCAAUGCGUUUUUAAUGUCCUGAUCAUGGGAGAUGGUGACUGUUUGAUGACCCGCCAUAUCGCUUCUGAUCUUCUUCGCCGACUCGUAGUGUCUGAAACUCAAACGAUCUCUUCUACUCCUAUCAUAACAUCAACUGGCAAAGAUGUGAUGAACUACUCGUUUUUUAACCGGUGUAUUCAACAAACAGCGGAAUUGCUAGUAGUAUUGGACCCUCGCUUAGAAGAGACUGUGAAGGUUUACGACGUUUUGUUAGCAUUCUGCUCACUCCCACAACUUUGUUCGCCCGUCUGUUCCGCGAUUCUGAGCUAUGCACCUACCGAAGCCCGACUUACGACACCUCUUCUAGCCAUAGCCUCUACAGCAUCGAUACCGAUAGAAGAAGCUGUGCUACCAGAAGUACCAUUGAAGGCGUUACGGCUACUCACCUAUUUGGUAAAGGAGAAACUUGAAAGUGGAGAGUCAUUACAUGAUUUGAUAGCGGGUGAGCAACUUCUGGCUUUGGUUGACGCUGCAGUGAAGACCUCGGUGGAAACAUCGAAGCCAGAGGUUCUUUACCAGUGCCGACGCAUCACUGAAGGACUUCGACUUGCUGAAGUGUGCAGUACCGAAGAAGAGCUUCGUAAUGGACUUCUGAAUGUGACAACAGCUGCUCUUUGUGCGCACAUUUCUGAAUCCCAACUUAUCACCAAUCCUGUGGUAGUUUUUAUGGAAAAGCCGCCUUCACAACGCACGGAACGAUUAGCCGACUGGAGUAUAUACGGCGUUGGAGUUGUUUUGGAGCUGCUGCGGUUAUUAGCCGCUCUGAAGGACUUCUCGAAACUUCAUAAAGACCAGUAUUGGAGAUCUCUGAAGGAUCCACGCCUUGUGGCCUUCCUUGCUUAUGCUGUUUGUUACGGUGAUCACGAAAUGGUGCAUAAUGCUUUGGUGCUGUACACUCAUUGCUCUCAACUUCAUGCUUUUCCCAGCAAAUGGCUGGGUGAUCUCAUCGCCUCUUGUUCUCUAGCAAAGCAGUCGCUUCAUGAUAGUCGAGUUACGUCGCCUAAUACUUCAAGUGAGAUGAGAAACGGCGAACCUAUGGACAUUGCUGCUCCACUGAUUACUUCUUCGCCCCCACGAAACUCCAAGGAAAGUGACUUGUUACUCGAUGAGCUGUUGAGAAAAAUUAAGAACGGAUUCAAUGUGAAAGAUGCGAAGAUGUCUGACGUCCUAGCCGCAUAUGAGAGAAAAAUUUUGAAUUUGGAGAGGCGAGAACGGGAGCUGGAGUUGUUGGUUGCAGCAAAAGAUCAAGCUAUACUGCAAAGUGAGAAAUUACGGGUGCAGUUUCGAGGCGGCAAUAAUAACGAGGCUGACAUGUCUCGGAUCCGGUCACUGGUUGCUGAUUGUGAAACCUUACGAGAAAAGUUAGAAUUGACCACUAAAGAGUUGAAGUUAACGCGGCAGCUGCUGGACGAGAAAACCGCUGCAUUGCAAGCGGACUUGGAGCAAGUGAAGCAGGAGCGAGAUGAUCUGGCAGUUGAGAUUGGACAAGAGAGGGAGCUCGUUUUGGCUGCGAACAAAUUAACUGACGAUCUCAAGAAAAAACUGGAAAUCACAUCAUCCGUCCUUGUUGAGCGUCAAAACGAAGUCACAGCUCUCAGCGGGGAGAAAACUUCACUCACUGAAUCUCUGAACAAAGCCAGUUCUGAGCUAUCUGCUCUUCAACAGCUGCAUGCUACCGAGGUAAAGAGGCUCAAUGCUGAUGUCAUACUUCGCAAUGACACUAUCGAUAAGUUGUCGCGUGAGGCGGAAGCUAUGCAAGCGAAGCUGAAGGCCAAAGAACAGGAAUGUGAGAAUUACAUGAAGGAGCUGGAUUCCGUACGAUGUCAUGAUCAAAAAACGCAAGCUGAUUUGGAACGAAUGCGUAAGCUGAGGGAUGAAAUGCGGAAGCUUACAGAAGACGCUCGCAGCAAACGCUGCCCCCUAGGACUUUUGAGUUCUGUCGUACCAUUUUUAGAAACAUUCGACCAUCCCUUUUUGAGAAAAGGUUACGAAAAUCGAAGCCGAAGAAAAAUUCAGUAG